UCUCUCUGAAAUCUCCUUGAGCAGCGACCUUUUCUCGUCACAUCAGGAAACCAGAGUCAAAGUUACGUGACAAUAGAAGUAGAUACAGAAUACCUAGUCAGUAUGAGGAACUGCUACAGACUGCUGCUGAUGCUGGCAAUGCUCGCUCAUACAGUGAGAGGUGUUUGUGAAUGUAACUCUGAUAGCAGUGAAUUGAAGGCAGAAACAAAUGUCUACCAUAAGCAUGGUAUCACCUGUGACGAAGAACCUACUGCCGGCCUCAACUGUGAAUGGGUGAUUUCCGCUGAGUCUGCCUCAACCACCAUCGCUGUGGAAUUUUCGAACACAUCCCUCGAUAGCUCUGACCCUGUAAACAACAAGGCCGAGUUCAAAGAUGCCUCUGAUGCCGUAAUUACCACCGUUACAUCUUCAAAACUUAUAGGAUUAACUCCUACGACUUCCACGGGGACAAAGGUCAAGGUCACAUUAGAUGUAGCCGCAAACACCAACAAGAUUCCAGUACUCGAAUUCGGCUACAUAGCAGUGUCCACAGAUAACGAAGACUGCCAAGGAAAAAACGGGCAAACAAUUGAGUUGGAAAAUGAUGGCACAUUAUAUAUUUCAUCAGGGAAUUUUCCUUCCAACUAUGAAGAUUCCCUGGAUUGUACUUUCACUGUUACACCCAAGAAUGGAGGAACUCUAUCCCUGUCCGUUGUUUACAUGUCAACUGAGAACGUUUGUCCUGAUGCAGAUCGAGUGACCUUGACGUUUGAUAAUGGAGAUCCACUCACUGGAUGUGGUCAGGCAUUCAAUAAGUUAGAGAGAAACAACAUCCAAUCCAGUGUUGUGGUGAACUUCUUUACUGACGGCGACGUAAACGAGGCGGGCUGGUUGAUGCAUUUCGCUCAAAUACCUGAAAAUAAAUGUCUGAAUGGAAAAAAUAACUGUUCGGAAAAUGCGGACUGUACAAACACAGAAGGUUCAUUUUCUUGUGAAUGCAAAGACGGUUUCUGUGGCGACGGUGUAACCUGUUUAGAUGUAAAUGAAUGUCAGAAUGGAAACAAUGACUGUUCGGAAAAUGCGGACUGUACAAACACAGAGGGUUCAUUUUCUUGUGCAUGCAAAGACGGUUUCUCUGGUGACGGUGUAACUUGUUUAGAUGAAAAUGAAUGUCAGAAUGGAAACAACAACUGUUCAGAAGAUGCGGACUGUACAAACACAGAAGGUUCAUUUUCUUGUCAAUGCAAAGAAGGUUUCUCUGGUGACGGUGUAGCUUGCAAAGACGUGUGCGUCCCAAACCCAUGCAGAAAUCAUUUUUCUUGCAAAUAUUGCCCAGAUUGUGACAGAUGUAGGUCGACGCAGAGGCAGAGUCAGAGGCAGGAGAAACAAAGGAUGCGGUAGAUGCUGCAACCAAGGGUGCAAGAAAAAGAAAAACUGCGAGAAAUAUUACUGCUCAAAGGGACGGAAUUAAACUUGAAUCGCUGAGACACGGAGAACUGCCCUCGGACCACGUUAUUUGUACUACUUAAAGUCUCUGUAUGGUUUUUACACAUGGAUUUUGACAAAAAUAAUAAAAUGUGAUAAAUGAUAGAAUAUAUACCGUUAUGUCAGAAUCAAUGCCGUAGUUUGUUCAUAAUUGCAGUUCAAUAAUUGUCCACUAAUUACGGGGAAUUUCUUGUAAAUGAAAGUAUGUUGUAUAAACAUGAGCAAACUGGUUGGUUUUGAAUAAUAGCGGACUGGCGAUCAAAGCCAAGCAUCGGAUGACCAAAGUCGAUCUGACGUACUGGUUACUGCCGCGAAGGCAUAAAGGAGUGGGCAGAAUCACAACGUUACCUACAAAUAUUAAAGAUGAGUUAAGAGUAAAAAGACACUAUGAAUUAGCAUUUGAUAAACAAACCAAUCCUGCUGGGAUGUAACUCGGGUUGAUUCACAGUUAUCUUUAAAUGUUAAUUAAUACUUAAUAAUUAGUUGUUAACGUAACUUAGCAGUUGAUUUGAAGGGAAUUAAAUGAAGAUUAGGGAUUAUGAAAUUUAGCGUGAUGAAGUGUUAUGUCUAUAAACAGAAACAUAGAGAGACUUUAUUUUUAAUUAUUAUACUUACCUACCAUUAUUGAAUGAUUACUAACAGUCCAACUUCUAUGGUUCAUUUAUCAUCAUGCGAUGCGUAUUGUUCUUUUAUUUAGACUUUCAUUUAAAAUCAAUAACAUACUACAUUCCUGUUCUUGUGGUGACAUCUGUAAUUUAAAUUUUCCGCAUUACCAACCCCCCCCCCCCCCCCCAGUCCCCAAAACAAAAAACAAACAGACAAACAAACCAAACAAACAAAAAAAUAACAAAACAAACAAAACAAAAAAAACCUGAACAAAACAAUUACACCGGUAUGCAAUCAUGAUAUCCAAUCAUUCCAUCAACAUUGAAGCAUAGUAUACAUCCGGCAAAAAUGAAAUAUUACAUAAAUUGAUACAUAUCUCUGCACGAUGUGCGCUGGAUUUGUUUCAUACAACAGUAUGUGCAGAACAAAGCUUAAAGUUUGGGAUCAAUAUUGUUCACGCCCUCACAGUGGAGUUAUUAUGCUCGUUUAACACAAUAAAUCAUAUAAGAUAUUUUAUCUACACUAAAGACAUUACUUUCAGAACACGUACUCAUACCAGCAUGCCUAUAAUAAUCAUUUCAUUUUAUUCUAUUUCUAAUAUCAGCUUUCUCUAUAUACCUUACAUGAUGACAAAAAAUAUUGGUUAUAGUAUCGUUCUUGCCAAUAACAGCCUGAAACAUACUAAAGCUUUCAAAUGAGAAAAAGUUAUAUUGGUCGGUUGAGGAAAAAAAGUAGAAAUUAAAAAAUGUCCGAAAAUACCUUUUCCUAUGUUUUGGAAAUCAGCGUUAUCUCAUUUUCUUAACUGAAUUAAUUUUCUUGAAAUAUAUUUAACUUUUAAAUAAUUCUAUUGUAUUUAAUUUACAUCAACAUUUACUUCAGCAUAAUAAAUAACACUAUCUGCAAA